ACUGACUAUCUUGUCCAGCUGGAGAAGGCUCUGACCUACGAGAACUUCAUGAAGUGGACCCGACCCGACAAGAUGGAUGUUCUGGAAGUUCAAGUAUCUCUGCCCAGAUUCAAGAUGGAGGAAACCUAUGACAUGAAUGAUUUACUGGUCAGCAUGGGAAUGGUGGAUGCGUUUGACCAGCAGAAGGCUGACUUCUCAGGCAUGUCCCCCAACCACGAUCUGGUGUUGUCUAAGGUGAUCCAUAAAUCCUUCGUUGAAGUGAAUGAAGAGGGGACGGAGGCCGCAGCAGUGACUGCCCCCAUCAUGGUGUUUCUAUGCUAUACGCCUUCACGCUACUUUAAUGCAGAUCAUCCCUUCCUCUUCUUCAUACGUCACAAUCCCACCAAGAGCGUUCUUUUCUGUGGACGCUUCUGUUGUCCUUGAGCUUCUCCUGCUGAUAUGAGAUGUUCCAGUCCAAUUCAUUCUUACAAUGAUUCUGAAAGUUUUGCAUAAAAUGAGUCAAAAUAAUUGUAGAUUUAUUUCUGAGUGGACACAGAAAGUCCAGUUGUUCCUGCUCCUCUUUGAAAAUAUCCUUUCCAUUAAUUACAGACUUAAUUACUUUUUUGAUUCCUCUUUUUCUAUAUUCAUUUACUGUAACGUUAUGAAAAAAACACUUAUGCUUGUUAAAAAAUAAAACCUGUAUUUUGAUUUAAACCUUUAUAUUAAUUGAAUAGAUACUGAGAUUGAUAUAGAUUCUCAUCCAGAUAUUAGAGAUUAUUCUCUCAUUUAACAUGUAUAUUUCCUAUAAAAGUUGCUUAAAUUCUAAUUCAAAUCGUAACAACUUUGUCAUUUAUCUUUUUUAUUUUCUCAGUUUGACAGUGUCGGUGUUAAUCAACUUCAACAUUAGCACGCUCUGUUACAGUAAAUUACAAUUGUGACUUAUGUUUAAUAAAUGGUGACUGGA